CCUCUGUCUCCUCCUACUCAUUCCACUACCGCUGCCACCUACUCCCCCCUUCACCACUCCUCCAUCCUGGGCCCGUUUCCCCGUCUCGAUAAUUUUCAAUCCCAGCCGCUAGGCACCUUUUUUCCCCCAGACUCUGCAGAACUUGCUCUCCCUGCGCCUCUAUCUCUCUCUUCCGCUCCCCCUCCCCGCGCGCGCCCCUCGAAGCCUGGCCGAACCUCUCCCUGUCUCUGUCCUCUCCCGCGUCCUCCGCGCCAAAAACAGCUGGCCUGCGCAACAUCUACCGCCGAACAUCCGACACUAUGGCCCAGAUCCGAGGCACAGCCGGCUACCAUCUCGGCGGCCCCAACCCCUUCGGCGGCCCGAAAACCGAAGCGCCUGACCCGAGUCCCCUGGACGCCAUCCGGGAGCAGACCAGUAAGAUUGAGGAUGUUCUCGACACUAUCAGCGAGCCCAUCAAGCCAUACCUACCAGCCAUUGGCCGUUUUCUGAUAGUGGUCACAUUCCUCGAGGACGCCCUGAGGAUCAUAACGCAAUGGACUGACCAGCUCGUCUACCUGAAUUCCUACAGGCACAUUCCCAACGGCCUGACGCACUUGUUCCUCAUCACCAAUGUCGUGACCAUGAGCGCCUGCUCCAUCCUGGUCAUCGCUCGGAAAUAUUCCGACCACGCCGUUGCCGGUCUCAUGGCAGUAGUCGUCACCCAGGCCUUAGGGUAUGGCCUGAUUUUCGACCUCAACUUCUUCCUCCGAAACCUCUCCGUCAUCGGUGGCCUUAUCAUGGUCCUUUCCGACUCGUGGGUUCGGAAGACCAAGGCCUUCGCCGGCCUACCCCAACUCGACGAGAAGGACCGGAAAAUGUACUUCCAGCUGGCCGGCCGCGUGCUGUUGAUAUUCCUGUUCAUCGGGUUUGUCUUCAGUGGAGAGUGGUCCGUCUGGAGGAUCGGCGUGUCCGUCAUCGGCCUGAUUGCUUGCAUCAUGGUAGUGGUCGGCUUCAAGGCUAAGUUCAGCGCCACUCUCUUAGUCGUCAUUCUGAGCAUCUUCAACAUCUUGGUGAACAACUUCUGGACGCUUCACGAGCACCACCCGCACAAGGACUUUGCCAAGUAUGACUUCUUCCAGAUCUUGUCUAUCGUCGGCGGGCUUCUCCUGCUUGUGAACAGCGGCCCUGGCCAAUUCAGCAUCGACGAGAAGAAGAAGGUCUACUAGGCGGCUACCAGAGUCUGCUGAACCGUAAGAACGUCUACCCACUAGCACUUGGCAUCGCGAUCACGUAGGACCUAGUCAUCUAGCAAUGCAUGUGCCGAUGCCGACUGGGUCAUGCAUCGUGCGGCGCAACGGGCGUAGAGCGACGGGGCUUUGGAUCUUAUUUUGGGGGCCGGAAAGGUUCAAGUGAAUCGGUCUGGCCUUUUAGCUAGUCUGAUGGUGAGCCCCCCCCCUCCCCACGGCAAAAACCCGGAGUAAAAAAAAACCCGGAGAAAGAGAUAGUGAGAGAAGAAAGUUGAUCAAUUCAAGGCAAAAGUGAAUUACAGGUCCCCGACAUAUGUGCAUCAUGUAAUGUAUAGGGUCGAUAUAUGUUGGGGCAGUCACGCAUAGCCUCGACCAGACGCCUGUAUUGAAAAGAUGCCAAUAGCAAGGCCAAGUCCAUUUCUUACCCCGGGAAGAGUAACAUAGCGGACGUAUCUGUGUGAAGAGGGAGGUUAGGGACGGAGGUUGGGUGCGUGUAUUUGAGAGGACAGGAAUGGGACGGGGUUGGCGGGUAGCAGUUCAGAAGAGGGGCUACUUGGCAACGUGAUGCGCAUACCUAGGCCACCUAGGCAUCGAAAUUACUCGCACCGGAAAAGGUGUCAAUGACGAGGGGGACAUAAGGCGGCUAUGUACGAUACGACGUACGGUACUUGGAUUAUAGACAGAUGGGAUAAUAGGUGCGUGCCGUGAAGGAGGCUUCC